AUGGCGCAGAUGAAGCUUAAUUUGGCUAAUCUCGCCGUCUCUCCUCAAAUCUACCGCUCUGAUUUCCCCUCCACAUUCACCUUCGGCGUUGCCACUUCCGCUUACCAAAUCGAAGGAGGCUGGAAUGAAGGAAAAAAAGGGCCAAGUAUAUGGGACAAGUUCACUCAUGUCCAAGGGAAAAUUCUCAAUGGAAGUAAUGGCGAUGUGGCUGUGGACCAUUACCACAGAUACAAGGAAGACAUUGAACUUAUUGGAAAAUUAGGAUUCACUGCUUACAGAUUUUCCAUCUCAUGGUCUCGCAUUUUUCCUGACGGCUUGGGAACUGAAGUCAAUGAAGAAGGGAUUGCUUUCUACAAUAAUAUUAUCAAUACGCUUCUUGAAAAGGGUAUUCAGCCGUUUGCAACUCUGUACCAUUGGGAUCUCCCCUCACAUCUCCAGGAAGCAUACGGAGGUUGGACAAAUAGGAAAAUUGUAGAUCAUUUUGGCCUCUAUGCAGAUGCUUGUUUUGCCAAUUUUGGUGAUAGAGUGAAACACUGGAUCACAUUAAAUGAACCUCUUCAGACCUCAGUGAAUGGACACUGUAUUGGGAUAUUUGCACCUGGAAGAAAUGAGAACCCCUUGAUCGAACCAUAUUUGGUCUCGCAUCAUCAGGUUCUGGCCCAUGCAACUGCUGUUUCAGUAUAUAGAAGCAAGUACAAGGAAAUACAAGGUGGACAAAUCGGUUUGUCAGUUGAUUGUGAGUGGGCAGAGGCGAACUCAGAGAAAGCGGAGGACAAGGUCGCUGCUGCUUGGCGAAUUGACUUUCAACUUGGAUGGUUCUUGGAUCCUUUGUUUUAUGGAGACUAUCCUGCAAGUAUGCGCCAGAAACUUGGAGACAAUCUUCCAAGAUUUACUCCAGAAGAAAAGGAGUUUAUGCUUCAGAACUCAUGGGACUUUCUUGGUCUAAACCAUUACACUUCAAGGUUUAUUGCUCAUGUCUCAAACAUCGACGCUGAGAGUGACUUUUACAAAGCACAAGAAAUGGAGAGGAUUGCUAGUAAUCAACUAAACAGCUCGUGCCAAUUACAGGCUGCUUCUGAUUGGCUUUACAUUGUGCCUUGGGGAAUCCGAAAGACAUUGAAUUACAUAAGCAAAAAAUACAACCACCCUCCAAUAUUUGUUACAGAAAAUGGUAUGGAUGAUGAAGAUGACGGAUCUGCCUCUAUCCAUGAGAUGCUUGAUGAUAAACGUAGAGUUGCUUAUUUCAAGAGCUACCUUGCCAAUGUCGCUGAGGCUAUCAAAGACGGAGUGGACAUAAAGGGAUACUUUGCGUGGUCGUUACUGGACAACUUCGAGUGGGCGCAAGGGUACACCAAAAGAUUUGGUUUGGUAUAUGUAGACUACAAGAACGGUUUAAGCCGUCACCCAAAAUCUUCUGCUUAUUGGUUCAUGAAAUUUCUGAAAGGCGAUGAAGACAACAAGGGUAAAAAGGAUUGA